AUGCAGACUACUUUUACAAACAUUUGUGAAAGAAUGGGUUGCUCUCAGGAGCCCAGAGAAUUCAAGCAUGGUCCUGUGAUAGGUUGCCACCUGUGCAAUAAGUCCAUCCGUGAAAUUUCCUUGCUACGAAAUAUUUCAUGGUCAACUGUUUGUGGUAUUAUAACAAAGUGGAAGCAACUGGGAACAACAGCAACUGAGCCACGAAAUGGUAGGCAACGUAAAACGACAGAGCGGGGUCAGCACAUGCUGAAGCUCACAGGGUCAAUAGCUAAAGACCUCCAAACUUAGUUUCCAGUAAAGGGAACUCUUAAGGUGCCAGAAUAAUAAAACAUUUUGGACAAUUUUAA